AUGGUCGAGGAAAAUGGUGAAGAAUCUACACAACUCGAUAAAAUGGAGGCGCUGGGCCAUCCAAUUUCCAAUAACCAGCCUGAAUAUGCAAACACCAGGGAUCUACUCGACGAGGGCCGCUCGAGUAGUCUCAGUGACCUUGAAGAUGGGGUAGAAGAAGUUGACUUGGUCUUGGGCAAUUCCCCAGUUGCGAGGCACAUCGAAGCAGAUUCGGAAGCGGAGACGGAGCGUCUUGAGAACUCGCCCAAUAAGAACCUAAAUCAUAACGGUAUUGUGAUCGGUCACCUACCAUAUACACAAAGCCCAAGCAAGCUUGCCCAAUCGGCACUGCCGCAGGCUGCUGAACAAGAGCUUUUUAGCGAUAGUGGUGUCUCUUCGCCAGGCACAUCGGAUGAAGAUCUUGAAAGUGAACUGCGCUCAGAAAACACUGCAGCCUCAGAUACCGGAGUCGGUGUUGAAGCCGCGCAGAUUCGAGGCAGCUCACCCAGGAAGCGCAAGCAUUUGGAAAUGGAGGAUGACAGCGGCAGUGAAGCAGAUGCAGAAGAGGUGCGGCGCCUGCGACGGCGCACUGAGUCAAUGAGGAGCGAGGCAGAUGAGGAGACAGAGCCGGGUCUAAGUCGAGAGCCAACUAUCGAACCCAUGGGCGGUGUACCGAACGACCAAGACUUGCAGGAAGAUACCUCCAACGUCCUGCGGAUUGCACAAGACCAUCUCAACCCAAAAGGCUUGACAGAUUCGAACGCAAAGCAUAGUACAUCAAUAGGCCGCGGGACACUAAAAGACAUAACUGAAGAGGGAGAGCACCUCGGCAAGGUUACAGAGCUGGGCGUGGACGAAACUCGUGUUGGAUCUGAUGAGGAAGAGCGUGUUGAAGGCGAGGAUGAAGACGUAGAAGCUGUAGCAAGGGAUGAAGAAGAGUACGCAAAGAAGAUGGCCGCGAUGGACUCCUUGGCCGCCUUGGAGAAGCAUUUUGCUGCUUUACGAGACCGCCUUUACGAUGAGCGAAUAGUCACACUGAACGAGGAACUGGCUCAGCUUUCUGCACCAAAACCCUCACAUCCCGAAUUUCUUCGACAGAUUGAGUGCAUCAGAAAAUAUCGCGACGAGAAAUUUGAUCUGGAACAGAAGCUCUUGGUUUACAAAAUCAAAUCUUUGAAGACAAAAAGCGUCGCGCAAAGGAGUCAAAUACAUAGUGCGUAUUUUCAGACUGUCAGAGAUGUGCGAGAAAAGCAUCUGGACCGAAUUGGCGAACAAUUGAGUAGGGUUCGACGAGAUCACGUCAAGACGGAUGAGAAGAUUCCCAGUUAUUCGAUUCCCUUCCCAAGCCGGAGGUCCACUCAGAUCACACAGCAGUCGUCCUACAACAAAGAAGUCUCGAUACUCUCAGGGGUUGCCAAGUAUGUAGGCUUUCCUGCUGCGCCAAGUGUGAAAGCCGCACUUCAAGCUGAGAUGGACGAAGACAUGGAGAAGAUGGGGAUCUCGUUGAACCACAUCAGGAACAACAAGCCGACACAAUCAAAAUUGUCUCGGAGUGCCUUCGCGUCGACCAUGUCUCGUCCGGCAGCUGAAGAACAGUUUUUGGAGCAGAAUCCAUGGGCCAAUCCGCAGCAUCCUGUGCAUCAGCAACAGCACACAGGGCGUCUAUCUCGCCGUGUCUCUGAUCAAACUCAAAUAGCAGAUGCGAUCAUCACACCAGCCACACAGAAAAGCUUGGUAGAUCUAGAUAGACCAGCGGGUUCUGCUUCUACCAUUCCCGAGCAUCUAUCGGCACAAGCUUCGUCAGCCUCUGCCAGACCAUACGAUCAUGAUGGAAGGGUACAGCAACAACCGACAGAAUUCAGAGCUACUGCCGCCGAUCCACAUUCGCCCGCGGCGGAUGAAAAGCCACCACAGCCGAGACACCGACCACAGUCACUCUCUCCCAUCGAAGCAAGGAAGCACAACGCUGGCGCAUAUGACGCCACACCAAGCAAGCGAAACUCCAUCGGCGGUGCAGCGACGGCGACGGGCAGUGGAGGCGCUGCUUCUCAACCAUACAAACCAUCUCGUAUAGCGUUGUUCAGCACCCCGAGUCGACCAGAAUCGUUGGUCCAUAACGGUUCGUCCAAUAACGAGAUGGGUGCCCGCCAUGCCACAUCUUCUCCCAUCACAUUGCACCAACAUGCUAGAGAGAAUAACCUGACAUCAACCACAGCAUUAAGCAGAAUAGGUGCACGGUAA